AUGGAAACAUCGGAGCCGUCGACAUCCACGACAAGCACUUCCAAUAGCUCUGCCAAUUGUUCGCCAACUUCAGCGAGUAGUAGUGGUGGCAGUGGUGACACUCCCGGCCAGUCGGUCGACGAGUUCCUCAACACCGGUCGCACCGGAAGACGGAAUGCGAUGCCAGACAUUCUCGAGGAGAAGUCAUCCCAAUUAAGUACAUCUGAUUUGCCCAAUGAGUUGCAGAAACUCAACUUCAAUGGUAUUUAG